GUCAACCAUCUUCUUCAACAGACACGUUUCAGAGACCGCCGUUCUCCCAAAGGUUUUUGCUUAUGGAAUGGAAGUGUAAGAUCUGCAAGUCUUUGUCUGCCACAAAAGGAAAUCUACUAAAGCAUUACAGACAACACGCAAUAUUUGGUCGUGGCCAAUCCCAGCCAUGCCUAUAUGACAGUUGCCCUUGCACAUUUAAAACGCAGAGUGCCCUUCGCACACAUUUGUCCAGAUACCAUUCAGAUGAAGAAAGUCUACGGUCAGGAAACAUCUCUGCUUUUAAGUGUUUAGUUUGCAAUGCUUGUUGUUCUAUAGAGAAGGACUACUUUCAGCAUAUUGGAAAUCAUCUGAAGAGCCAGGAAACUGUCUUUUGUGUAUUUGAAGGAUGCAGCUUUCAGACAAAUAUAUACAAUACAUUUCUAAAACACAAAAGCAAAAGACACAAAUCCUAUUCUUUGAGUGAUUUUAAGAAAGAUGUGUAUGAGAGUCGCCAUAAUCAGACUGUUGACCAUUCUGAUUUACCAGAGGCCAAUGAUGGUGAGGGCACUAGUUUAGAUUGUGAUCAGGAAAGUGCAUCAUACUUAGUUCUUCAAAGAAUUGGCUUACUUCUGCUGAAGCUAGAAACCAUCUAUAAUGCCUCAGUGAAGUGCAUUGAUGCCUUGGUUGAAGACCUUCAGUUCAUUUCAUCUUCAGUAUCAGUUGCAGUUGUUAGGAACAUACUAGAUUCAACAUUGAAGGUGAAUAAAUGCAUUGUUGACCAGGCCAUCGUAACUGAAUUGUCAGAGCAGUUGUGCAACUUCCAUCCCAUUAGUACAGCACUUGGAGUAGGUGGUCCACUUGGUUCGGCUUUUAAGAGAAGAAAGUAUUUUAAGGUGCAUUUCCAGUGUGUUGAUAGCAUUGAAUAUAUUAUUGAUACUGAAAAGAACAAGACCUUUCAAUAUGUGCCUAUUCUCCAGACUUUGCAGGAAGUCUUGAAGAAUGAAGACAUUGCAGAAAUAAUUUUAUCCAGAAAAUCAAAUAGUACUGGAUAUAUUAAGUCAAUUUUUGAUGGAAAAUCCUUCAAGCAAAAUGUAUUUUAUGCUGGGGAAGAAACAAGACUGUCUAUAAUCCUUUACGUUGACGACUUCUUCGCCAAACCAGUGGCCGCCUACACGUCCCUGAUCGCCGAGAGUGGGCCUCAACGGGUGCUCGCACACCAAGCUCCUCUCAAAGCUGCUGGUGACCGACUCACGGCGUGCCAGGUCAAGUGUUGUGGCGUGCAACCAUUCUGCUGA